AAUCAUAUUUGUGAUCUAAUGUAACCAAACUUUGGGCAAGUUAUGAUGAUGAUAAAAUAAUCAAACGCAAAAUGUUUCUGAAGGAAAAAUAUACAGUAUCAACUAAUUCCUUGAAGUACACAAGCAAAUCAGAGAAUGAAAAAGUAGUAGUUCCACUAAUUUCCUGGUUAAUUGCAAAGUUGAUGAUCGUGCAAUCGUAGAAGGUUAUUUUAUCCCAAAAACAAGGUAGGAAUCUUGGUAUGGGGAUCAGCAAAACUGAGAUAAACCUGAGAAGGUUAAUUGCUGCUGCACCACAACAGCAAAAUCAGGCGAAAUUAGCUCAUUAUGUUGCUACACUGCGCGAAUUGUUGGAACAGCUUACUGAAGAGACCACUCCAGAAGGCUUGCCGAGGGUCUCCAAAGCUAAAGUAAAUGAUUACUCUGAGAAGAUUGAAUCUAUCACAGCCAAAUUAUUAACUUCACCAAUGAUGAAAUUAGUGAAUAUGAUAACCAGCACUACUGAGGUUUCAUUAAUGACUAUUUGGUACAUGACUAAUGCAGGAAUCUUUGAAGAGACUUCAAAUGAGGCAAGCCCUCAAAUAGCUGAAGAACUUAAAGUUGCCUCCCUACCAGGACUUAGGAAGAGACCAGUGCCAUCCUCAUUUGCUGAAGACAAGUCACACGAGAAUGUUGGACCUGAUUCCUCACCACUUGUUAAAUUGGAUGCUACUGCCCACUCACAUAUAGACAAGCACAGAAAGCUUCAAGAAGACUUGACUGAUGAGAUGGUGGGAAUGGCACGACAACUGAAAGAGAGCAGUCUGUUAAUGAGUCAGUCAGUGCAAAAUGCUGAGAAGAUACUUGAUUCAACCGAGAAGGCAGUUGAGCAUAGCUUGGCAAGCACUAGUCACGCCAAUGUAAGGGCAAUGAGUGUUUUUUCACAGAGCUCAAAGACUUCAUGUUUUACAUGGCUUAUUAUGUUAUUUAUGCUAAUGAUUUUUAUGAUGGUGGUUUUCCUUAUUUGUAUUACUUGAGUUUUUUUUUACUGAAGCCACUUAGGUUGAUUUUUUUUUUCUUUUUUUUUUUUUUUUUUUUGGGAUAAAAAAAAAGGGAAGGAGUUAAUGAUACACUGUAAACCUACUUCUAAUUAAGGUGACUGUUGGAUAGUUUUUGUUUUUUUAUUUUUUUUUUGGGGGCGGGGGGGGGGGGGGGGGGGGGGGUGGUACAUGUAAUGUAAUUUGUAAGGUCCCUAUCUUAGGGAUAACCACUUCUACCGAUAUGAUUGACUUGCUGUUACUUGAUAUUAUUUUAUAAAUGAAUUGACAGGAGAAUUAACUGACUA